CUUUUUCGCUCGCCCCCUUCCCCGAAGCGGCGAUGAUCCUCCCAAGCUCCCUGAUUCGCGCCAUCCCGAGAACUUCUCCUUCCUUCUUUGUCCCUCUGUCAUUGACCACUCCUCCGCCAGCAGCGCGACCCCUCUACGGUCUGGAUGUCGCGAUCGCCAGUUGCCUGUCUUUCUUCAUAAUACUCUAGGCGCUCGCGCUGGUGUUCGUGGUGGUCCCGACCCGGCACAAAUUCAAAGUGGGCACGCUGUCGCGAUGGAUUUGCGCACGAUCAUGAACACAGACGGCGGCGCUGCCUCCAAGGCCCCGCAAGCCAGUCAAUCCUCGGGCACACCAGCUGAUUCCUCUCGUCAACAUCCGUCGCAACAACAGCAACAGCAACAGCAACAGCAACAGCAACAGUCACAGUACGCCGAAUACUCGAACCGUCCGUCACAGCCCUUGCAACACGCCCAACACGCCUCGCCCGGUCGAUCCGCGUCCUUCGCUCCUGCUCAGUCGCCCUAUCAGCAGUUCACCCCAGCACCACCGCCUUUGAAUACGGCUGUUCAAUCGCAUUCAAGCCAGAGUCCGCAGCAGGUGUCGACCCCAUACGGUUCCGGUGCGCGUGAUCCAUAUGGCACGUCGGGCUACAACUCGCACACCCAGGCUUCCGCAGGCCCCUUGGCCUCCCCGUACACGCCGCAGCAGCCGAUGAGUGCAGGUCAUCCACAUGCUGAGCCGCAGUCUUACUUUGCGCAACAGCGGUCAAACUCGUUGCAAUCCGUGAUGACGAACCCGCUUGGCGCGGGUGAAACCUUCCGCCCUCGAGAUAGCCCCCCGUCCGCCUCACAUCCGCCUCCCGCUCAUCAAUUCUCUCCCUCCACACAUCGUUCAGUUCCAGCAACUCCCCUGGGUCCUCCGCCCGCUAUCCUCUCCCGCCAAUCCCCUUCCUCUGCGCGCCCACGAUCAUCCGGUCGCGACUCUCCGCGCAACACUUUGUCUAGCCCGUACACCGUGCAUGAAGCUCAAGGACGGAGCGCGAAGCAGACCCAAUCACCCUCAACUUCACGACAGAUAUCGCCUUCCUCUCGCCACUCCGAAUCGGCCCCUCAGUUUCCUCCUACUGGUGUAAAACCGGAGCCCCUCGAGAUCUCCAGUCCGAAAGUGACCUCUCGACAAAACAGCACAGCAACUGCAUCUGAUACGGGCGGUGCAGCUCCUCGUCGUUCAUCUGAAGAUCGAAGGUGGAACGAGAGCCCCACAGCAGGAUUCCCAUCGGGCCCAGGGUCAGAUACACGCGCCUCGCCAAUUGCCAACACGCACCAGCAGAUUACAAGCUCCCCAUCGGCCUCACGAAGCGGUUCCCACCCCCUGAAAAUGGAAGUAGAUCAAGAGGGCAUGGAUCGCACCGAGGUCCAACAACCCAAGGCCAAGAGGAGACGGUACAAUGAACCUCCGAUCUAUGCUCAACGAUCAGUCCGAACCAAGGGCAGAUGUCCUGUAAUUCCCAACCCGCAGGCACCGAUUCCAAAACAUGCACGAGGCUUGGGCCAAGAUCCUUGGGCCUCUCGCAGGCAGUCAUUAGCAUCGACUGCUGGCUCUACGACAACCGCGCGCCCCGCACGGACACCUGGGCCAGCGGUGCCCCCGCCUAGCACAAAUGGGCCCCCUCCACCUGCCGCUGCUCCUGCCGCUCCUCUUGCUCCCGUUGCUUCUCGCGCACAACAACAGGGCUCGCUUGGUCCGUGGGAGCCUUCAAUUACAGGUUUCAUCCCAUUCGAGGAAAUCACUAAGCAGCUUUGCGAUUUCCUAUUCCAGCACGUGGUGAUGAGGAGUGACGUGGGGGCUGGUGCUGCCGGCUCGGCCGCUGCAGGACAAGGUGCUAUCAUCGAAGUUGAAGCAAAGCUGGGUCACCUCAUGGACAUGGAUCGCAGAGAGCGACUGGUGCUGCCAGUUCUCACUGAAGGCGUCAUCAAUCGAGAGUCCCGGUUGCGCACCUCAUUCGAGAGUAAUAUGACCGUUGAGCAACAUCGAGCCAUGAACAACUUUCUCAAUGAGCAAGUCAAGGCCUCUAUGGCCAACGAGUCAUCUCGCAUCCCGGUUUCGUAUGCGCAUAAAAAGGAGCGUGAUACAUUCUACGAGGUCUCGCCCCAGGAACUACCACCCGUCAUCCGGCAAAACCUCAACCCUCGACACAAACCCAAAGUCCGUGUGACCACCGAUGUAAAGACCGGUGAAAUCAUCGCCAAGAUCGUCAAAUGCCGCGUCGCAGACAUUGACGUGUACAGUCCCCGCACAAACGUCGAUUGGCGCGUCUCUGUCAAUCUUGAAAUGGAGUAUGAUGGCGAUGUCACCCACCUGCCCAUGGUUGACGCCUCCAAAGGCGGCCGCGGCGAGCGCAUCAAAGACCGCAUGAGCUACCGACACUUGGCCUACCAAAUCGACCUGACACAGGUGGCAACGGUCGAAGCGCCGACGAAAAACGAUUUUGACCACGAGCUUGAAGUCGAAGUUUCUGCUGCGGAAAUCCGACGUCAAGGCCUUCUCGCCGUGGCAGGCGAUCCGUCAAACCAGUAUGAGGAAUUGGUAAAGGGCUUUGUGGAUAACAUUCGUGUACUGGCACGGGCCGUGCCGCCUUGACGAAUCUUCUUGGUUGAUGUCUUUCGACACUUCCUUUUGUUGCACUUUUGCCUUCUCUUCUGUAUUAUCUAUUCUGAACCUACAUUCGAGGUUAUAUAAGCCUUGAUUUCUUUUCUUAUUUUUUUUUUCAUUUUCCUCUACUGGUCUCCUCGGUCCUCCUUGUCUUGCAGAUAUGGUUCUUUCGCAUUUGGUUCUGGGAUUAGGGUAGAGAUUCACGUGGCAUUAGACAGGCUUCUUCGGAAAGAGUUUCUUUCCCUCUGUUUAGGAGUUUUAUACCGCUGAGAAGGGUCUGGGAGCCCAGCUCCGCAAUUUUGAAACAUGACGAGCGCUCGAUUCUGAAUCUGCCAUGGCAAUAUAUAUCUCGUCCAUGCGGCAUCUUGCGUCCUUUUUAGUCCAACGCCCGGCAUCAGGUGGGGAUCACACCCCUUAGUACCUAAGAACAUUGUUGCGCGUUCUGGCACCUACAGCAUCCAUCCAUCUAUCCUGAUACUUGGCAAGGAUUUCCCUUGUACCGAAGAUACGGACUGGACAUUGAGAUAUGGGACAUCACCCGCUAGUUAGUUGACCCUACUUGACUCAGCUACACCAUACUUCCAAAGCCCCAAAGUAAUCAAAACAGAACGCGUUGGAUUUUGAUAUUUGAUAUGCAACCCCGAGUAAAAAUACAAUCAGUGUGUAGCAUCAAAAGUAAGGGAAUAUGUCAUUAUGGCUCCCAGUAACAUCAUGAAAGCGUCAAGAGAAAGCAGCGGUGAGAAAAAAAAAAUGAGGCAAACCCCUUCAACUAUGCAACCUGCCCCAAUUAAGCGAACGUAAACAACGCAACACCACUGGCCAAAGCAGCGGUCAACAACGUCGGCAUCAAAGCACCCGCCCCACUCGACUUGGCAGUCAUCAAAGUCGUAGGCUCAAAUGCAUUGGGCUGAGUCGAAUUGGUAGUUCCGUUCCAGCAGUAGUUCGAGAAACACUGGGUACAAAUACUCGGGAGGGUGGUACCGGUGCGCUCGAAGGAGCGUGCAAGAAUGGCACAACCCACGCAGGCAGUCCAGUUUCCGUCACGGGUGCUGUUGGCCAUAGUCGCGACCUCGUAUCCGUUAAGGAUGAUAUCGUCGCGCUGGGUAUCGUUGUAAGACAGGGUGAAGGUGGAAACGUUGGACAUGGCCGAGUACGGGUAAUUGGGGACGUAGACGACCAGAGGUGCUGGGCCGGUGAGGUUAGAGCUGUUGCAGCCGAAGAAGGUAGGGCGUGUGUUGAGGCCCAGGUUGACGAAGGUGUUUUGGUCGGGGAUGGCGGGGAAGACGGUGCCGUUGCCGAUGCCGGAGCUGUUCAGGCUGCGCUCGUAGGUAGCGACUAGAGCUGUGCCGUUGGGCCAGCUGUAGGUUGUAUCGGCGGAGGAGUCGACGGCGAAAAUCACGUCGACGUUGCGCACGGGUUGGAUGAGGGGGUGGAGGGGCACGUUUUGUAGAUCUUCGCCGCCGUCGACGACGUCGAGUUCGGUUUGGAGGGCGUAGGGGGAUGUGUCGUUGUUGUAGUGGUAGAAGGGGUUGGGAUCGUAGGAUGCGAUAUCUUGAUCGGCCUUGUCUAGCUUUUCCAGAAUAUCGGUGAAGAUAUUCUUCACGAAGGUGGGGAGUGAGGUGGUGUUGAGUUGGAGCAGGAACUGGUUGAACAGGGUGGAAGAGGUUCCAAUAAUGAAGCCGGCGCUGUCGAAACCGCCAAUGCAGCUCUCGUUGCUGGGGAGGGAGCCUCCCACGAAUCGUGAUCCAAGGUACUUGAGAGGGGCGAAGCCGAAGAUUGUCGGGUCCCAGGUGCCAAACUCCCAAGGAUUGAACUCAUACACGGUCGAGUUACUACCGACCACCUUCUCGCCGGGAUUACGACCGUCUGCAACGACGAGAGGCAGGGGGUAGUUGCCAUCAAUGAAGUCUUGGGUCUCGGCAAUGGACGACCAGGUAUAUUCAAUACCGCCAUCGCUCGCGUUGAACAUCUGAUAGGAGAGAGCUCGGCCCCUAGAGAUACACAAUUAGUGACUAUGACUACAGUGGUCAAAAAUUGGCAGUGAAGCUUUACAUACCAGAUAUCAGUGAUGGAGGUAUCAAAGCCAGCCUUCUUCUUAUCAUCAACAGCAGUAGCUAAGUCCUUGUAGUAACUGGCCGAAUCCAGAAUUUGAAUACCGCCGGUAUCCGGGCCCUCCAGGAUAGAGUUGCCAAACUGCCACACGGCACCAUCCGUAUGCGUCUGCAGCGAUGAGAUGGUGGUGAAGUUGUUAAUGUAGAUCGAACCCAGCAGCCAGCUACCACCACUGAGACCCGCCAGAUAGGUAGCCGACUGUAGCAAGCCGCCCAGAUGACCACUGGUAGUUGCAUUAUUCGUGCGACUAUCAAAGGCCUUGAUAGCACCAGCACCGUUCAUCAACGCGCGGUAACCACCCCCAGACACGGCAAUACCAAUGUUCGGCAGAUUAGAGGAAUUGCUCGCGUGCUUGUCCAGGUACGAGGUCACAUCGAAAUCGCCGACCUUGACAUGACCGAAGAAAUCCUUCAUAGCCGACAAAGUCUUAUUGCGACGAGUCUCCAGCCAUGACGUCUCAUUCGGGGACAGCUUGGCGGCACUGCGCACCGUCGGGCGACUGGCUGGGCAGCUCACGUUGGUCGGGGUAUAUCCAUCGGGCGCAUUGGGUAGGGCUCUGCCGGCGAGAGCAAGCGAAAACUCGUAGGGGUCGAUCGCACCCGGAGCUGCAAUGGCACCUGGAUAGUGAUUGACCUGUUAGCAGAAUGGCUUGUGAUUGCACAAACCUGGCGAGGUUCACGGGACCUUGCAGGACCGAAGGAGGUCCAAGGCCCAAGGUCCAAGACCCGACCGAGAGAACGUACCAGGAAGGGCCAGCGCCAGGCUGGAGACGAGUCCAGCGACUUUCAUGAUAGUUGGCAGCAAUCUUCUCUUCUCUGGGGUUUGAAGGGUUCACUCAACGAAGGAUGCCUCACAAUCCGGGG